AAGUAAGAUAAAUUUUUGUAAGAAGAACGGUAAGUGUACGGGUAUCUCCACAGUUUAAGAGAUAACAUUAAUAAUUAUGUAGGAAAAGGAAUUAAAAUAAUAGUAUUUGACUAUCUGUGACAUAGGUAUUUAAGAGAAAUAAAGAACGAUCGAUACACACUUACAUGUCGAUGUCUGACACAUAUAAAUUAGCAAGUGUAAUCGAUUAUUUGUUAUCUAAAACGGCAAGAUAAUUAUACACUUUAUUCCACGGAUGCGUCAAUAGGUAUUCGAAUGCAUUAACACGUCAUUCAUUGUUUUUUUCCAGAUCUAUCGCCGCACAUCACGAUGGACUAUUACAAGAGACUGGGCAGACACUGUUGCUCUAAAUGUGGGAAAGAAUACAAAUGGAUGCAGUCAUUGGUCAGACACAAACGGGAGGAAUGCGGAAAAGAUCCACAGUACAGUUGCUCUAUAUGCGGUUCAAGAAUUAGACAUAAAUGGAUGUUGAAGAAGCACAUGAUCAACGUCCAUCGCGUAGCCAUCCCGAACGGCAAGAACAUUUGGAACGAUCGACAACAAUCAAGAAAAUCCAUAUAACAAUAUUGUAAUCGUAUACAUAAUCGAUGAAAUGUUCUUACGUCUGACUCUGCCCUUUAUUGAUUUACAUUUUUUUAUUCUGA